AGUUCCGUUCAGAGGGCGGAAGUGUGGGUCCUGGUCUCAGCAGCUGACCAGCCAGCAACAUGGUGGCAUCGAUGUUGGAGACCUCUCACGUGUUUUGCUGCCCGAACCGGGUGCGGGGAGCCCUGAGUUGGAGCUCCGGGCCCAGAGGACUUCUGGCCUUUGGCACGUCCUGUUCCGUGGUGCUGUAUGACCCUCGGAAAAGAGUUGUUAUUACCAACCUGAAUGGUCACACGGCACGAGUCAAUUGCAUACAGUGGAUUUGUAAACAGGAUGGUUUUUCUUCAACUGAGUUAGUUUCUGGAGGAUCUGAUAAUCAAGUGAUUCACUGGGAAAUAGAGAAUAAUCAGCUUUUAAAAGCAGUCCAUCUCAAUGGCCAUGAAGGACCUGUUUAUGCAGUGCAUGCUGUUUACCAGAGGAGGGCUUCUGAUGUUGCAUUACAUACACUAAUAGUUUCUGCAGCGUCGGAUUCCACUGUUCGAGUCUGGUCUAAAAAGGGUUCAGAAGUAACAUGCCUUCAGACCUUGAACUUUGGCAAUGGAUUCACUCUGGCUCUCUGCUUAUCUUUUUUGCCUAAUACUGAUGUACCAAUAUUAGCAUGUGGUGAUGAUGACUGCAAAAUUCACUUAUUUGUUCAACAAAAUGAUCAGUUUCAGAAAAUGCUUUUUCUCUGUGGACAUGAGGACUGGAUAAGAGGCGUGGAAUGGGCAGCCUUUGGUAGAGAUCUUUUUCUAGCAAGCUGUUCACAAGAUUGUCUGAUACGAAUAUGGAGGCUGUAUAUAAAAUCGACGUCAUUAGAAACUCAGGAUGAUGACGAUGUAAGACUGAAAGAAAAUACUUUUACUGUAGAAAAUGAAGGUAUUAAAAUAGCAUUUGCGGUUACUCUGGAGACUGUACUGGCCGGUCAUGAAAACUGGGUAAAUGCAGUUCAUUGGCAGCCUUCAUUUUACAAAGAUGGUGUUUUAAAGCAGCCAAUGAGAUUGUUGUCUGCCUCAAUGGAUAAAACCAUGAUUCUCUGGGCCCCAGAUGAAGAGUCAGGAGUUUGGCUAGAACAGGUUCGAGUGGGUGAAGUAGGUGGAAAUACUCUGGGAUUUUACGAUUGCCAGUUCAGUGAAGAUGGCUCCAUGAUUAUCGCUCAUGCUUUCCACGGAGCAUUGCACCUUUGGAAACAGAAUGCAGCUAACCCAAGAGAGUGGACUCCAGAGAUAGUCAUUUCAGGACACUUCGAUGGUGUCCAAGACCUAAUGUGGGAUCCAGAAGGAGAAUUUAUCAUCACUGUUGGUACUGACCAGACAACUCGACUUUUUGCUCCGUGGAAGAGAAAAGACCAUUCACAGGUGACUUGGCAUGAAAUUGCAAGGCCUCAGAUACAUGGAUAUGACCUGAAGUGUUUGGCAAUGAUUAAUCGGUUUCAGUUUGUAUCUGGAGCAGAUGAAAAAGUUCUUCGAGUAUUUUCUGCACCUCGAAAUUUUGUGGAAAAUUUUUGUGCCAUUACAGGCCAAUCACUGAAUCGUGUACUUCAUAAUCAAGACGGUGAUCUUCCAGAAGGAGCUACUGUCCCUGCUUUGGGAUUAUCAAAUAAAGCUGUCUUUCAGGGAGAUAUAGCUUCUCAACCUUCUGAAGAAGAAGAGCUCUUAACUAGUACUGGUUUCGAGUUUCACCAGGUGGCCUUUCAACCAUCCAUACUUAAUGAACCUCCCACUGAGGAUCAUCUUCUGCAGAAUACUUUGUGGCCUGAAGUUCAAAAACUAUAUGGACAUGGUUAUGAAAUAUUUUGUGUUGCUUGUAACAAUUCAAAAACUCUACUGGCCUCAGCUUGUAAGGCAGCUAAGAAAGAGCAUGCAGCUAUCAUCCUUUGGAACACUGCAUCUUGGAAACAGGUGCAGAAUUUAGUUUUCCACAGUUUGACUGUCACACAGAUGGCCUUCUCACCUAAUGACAAGUUCUUACUAGCUGUUUCCAGAGAUCGAACCUGGUCACUGUGGAAGAGGCAGGAUACAAUCUCACCUGAGUUAGAUCCAAUUUUCAGUCUCUUUGCCUUCACUAACAAAGUCACUGCUGUGCACAGUAGAAUUAUUUGGUCUUGUGAUUGGAGUCCUGAUAGCAAGUUUUUCUUCACUGGAAGUCGAGACAAAAAGGUGGUUGUCUGGGGUGAGUGUGACUCCAGUGAUGACUCCAUCGAGCACAGCAUCGGCCCCUGCUCCUCUGUCCUGGACGUGGGUGGGUCUGUGACAGCUGUCAGCGUCUGCCCAGUGCUUAACCUCUCCCAACGAUAUGUUGUUGCAGUGGGAUUAGAGUGUGGAAAGAUUUGUUUAUAUACCUGGAAAAAGACUGAUCAAGUUCCAGAAGUAAACGACUGGACCCACUGUGUAGAAACAAGUCAAAGCCAAAGUCAUACGCUUGCUAUCAAAAAAUUAUGCUGGAAGAAUUGUAAUGGAAAAACGGAACAGAAGGAAGCAGAAGGCACUGAAUGGUUACACUUUGCAAGUUGUGGUGAGGAUCAUACUGUGAAGAUACACAAAGUGAACAAAUGUGCAUUGUAAUGGACUUAAUAACUACAAGCAUAUAAUCAUUGAUGUCUUAAAAUAUUUAACAUGUAAAUGGAUAAUUGGUAUUUACCUCAUAAUUUCAUUGAGUUUCAUUUUUAAGUCCUGUAUCAGUAGUAUUAAUUUGGGUCACAGACCAUUCGAAAUCUAAUGAAAGUUAUAGAUUCUUUUCUCAAAAUUGUUACAUACGCACACACUCUCAGAACCUUGCCCCAUACUUCCAGGGAUUCACACCUGCAUCCAUGUAUUCCAGAUUAAGAACCUCUGUUCUUUUUUUUAUGAACCAAACUUGCCUAAUUUUAUGUUAUUUUGGGCCUUCUCUUUUCAUAUGUCCCUCUUUGGGACAUUUUAUUAUUUAUUAUCCUCUUCAGAGGAAGGACAUAGAAAAUACAGAGAGGAAAAAAGCCAGAUUACUCAAUUUCUAUUUUAACAGUUUUUGUAAAUAGACCACACAAAGUGUGGUCUUGACCCUUUGUUCCCAGUAUACACCAACCAUUUUAGGAAUUUGGCAGGAAGUUGGGAGUUUGAACUUCAUUCAGUCGUUCCAUUUAUUCUUUAAAAGUACAUAGAUUUUUUCUCAGAGUUUGACUUAAAGUAGAAUAUCUUGACAUUUAAUCUGAUGUAUGGGCUGAAAAGUAGAGUUCUGAAUCAUCUGAAUUUGUGUGUAAUAUGACAUAAAUGAGUCAUGAGAGUUAAAGGAUAUCCCCCCUAGGAGAAUGAGUAGUGGGAGCAGAAGGAAGAACGUGCUAGAUACAGAAUGUCGGGUGUGUCAGCUGAAGUUUGGGAAGUAGUCACAAAAACUGGGACUUGGGAGUUGGUUGGAGAGAGGAUAAGAGGGGCGUGAGAAGUACUGUGAAGACCAGUGUGAGAGUGGUUUUCCCUGACCCUGUUGGAACAUGGAGUCACCUGGCAAAUUGGCAACUGAAUGUACAUAAUCUACUGAAAGAAGGGAGGAGAUUAUGCCAUUAUCUAAAAUGACAUCUUGCUUCCAAAGGAAUUAAGUGAUAUUUUUGCCUAAAUGGACGUUUCUAGACCAGCACUAUCCAGUAUUUCUAAUCCAAUAGAAAUAUGAGCUACAUAUAGAAUUAAAAUUUUUGUUUUCAGGGA